UUACUAGCAAACCUGAAAAUGGGCAAAUGUCAAUACAAGAGACUUAAUUAAAACAUCAGACGGUGCCAGAAAGAAUUACGGAAUGGCCUCUGAUAAGAAAUAACUUUAUUAAGCACGGAUUCGUAGACAUAUCUUGACAGUCUCCCGGCGGUGGUGGUCUCGGGAUUUCUCUUCGCUCCCCCCGUUUCUCCCUUCGAUAGUUUUCUACGUAUCCAGUAUGCCGAGCAAGAAAAAGAAAUACAACGCAAGAUUUCCGCCGAUUUUUAUUUUCCGCUUUGAAGGCAAGAAUUAAGAAGAUUAUGCAGACAGAUGAAGAAAUUGGAAAAGUUGCAGCUGCUGUUCCUGUUAUAAUCUCUCGUGCACUUGAGCUCUUCCUGGAGUCGCUCCUGAAGAAGGCCUGCCAGGUAACACAGUCUCGAAGCGCCAAGACUAUGACUACAUCACACCUGAAACAGUGUAUUGAACUUGAACAGCAAUUUGACUUUCUGAAGGAUCUUGUGGCCGCAGUACCAGAUAUGCAGGGAGAGACCGAUGACAAUCACACAGAGGGGGAGAGAGUGUCAAGGAGGGGUCGAAAACCAGGAAGUAGUCGGAAAAAUGGAGGAACAGCCAUGAAAGGCAAAGAUAAAAAACAGUCGGAGACAGAUUCAGAGCAAGAGGAUGAUUCAGAAGGUACGGAAACAGAAGGUGAAGAAGAGAUGUGUUCUGCGCCUGCUGCAGGAAAUCAAUCACACGUCACUUUUCAAAGUCCUCAGGCUCCAUCAUUCCUUCACUUCCAUUCUGGGCCUUCCCUGCCCCAGGUACCUGCUGCUCUGACCGCAAUGCCAGCUCCGUUACCACCCCCUGUCUGCGAAGAGGAAGAGGAUUAUGAUUCGUAGCCUCUGGAAAGACCCAUUUAAAUUCCGUUUUCAUUUAUUUGCUUUUUUCCCUUCUUUUAUUUUGGUUUUUAAACGGGAGGUAGAAUGCCUUGGGGUUGGUGGGGUUAAAUGUGUUCUUAAAUUUAUUAAAAAAGGAGUUGGAGGAUUUAA